AUGGGGACCGGUUCGUGGGUAGAACGGCUGUGCAACGGCCGCAUCUGGUGGUAUCGAGCAGCCCCUGUCCUGACUCUUGAAGCCGAGCUUUCCUACAUCGACACAGCAAGGAGUGUAAAGGGAUACGUCGGAGCAAGGCAAGUUGCUGAUUGUUUUAAAGGCGCCGAUGGAGUUGUUGUCCCAGAGGGCGUGCCACGGAAACCUGGAAUAACUCGAGAUGAUUUGUUCAACACCAAUGCUGGUAUCGUUCGAGAUUUGACUUCUGCCAUUACGGACAAUUGUCCAAAGGCUUUAAUUGUGAUUAUUACGAAUCCUGUGAACUCGUGUGUACUACUUACCGCAGAAGUUCUAAAAUCCAAAGGAAAAUACUAUCCCCGUCGUCUCUUCGGUGUUUCAACUUUGGAUAUUGUCCGUGCUCAAAAAUUCAUUUCUGAAUCAUGUAAAGUUGAUUUGGCAACCAUUGAUAUUCCGGUGAUCGGUGGACAUUCUGGUGUUACAAUUAUUCCGGUGAUAUCACAAUGCAAACCAAAAGUGUCGUUUUCGCAGCCCGAUCUUGAGAAAAUCACAGUACGCAUCCAAGAAGCUGGCACAGAAGGUAUGGAGGCUAAAGCUGAAGCGAGAAGAGGGCUAAAGCGAUUUUGA